AUGCUCGCAGAAACUGCAUCCCUCCUUUCGUUCUACCCCAGCCCACCAUCUUUGGAAUCCUCAGACGCAUCCAWCACUCUCUUGGACACCAACUACUUCAACAUGGGUGCCAACACCAACACCGCCAUGGAUGGCAUCGGUGUUCUCAACUAUCAACGCGCCAUUGACAUUGCACGCAACACGGAAGGCGACCUUGAUCYGACCGUUUCAGCCUAUCUCGAAGGCGCUGUUGCAGACAUAUGGGCUCGCAUCAAUCUCGACUCUAGCUGCUAUGUCAUGACAAAGGACGAGUUCGCCGUCUUCAACUUUUACCGGAUUCGAUACCAGGACAACGAUGUGGCAGAGCAAGCCGUUGCUCGAUUCUGGGCCAACACCCACGAAGACGUUGGUACAUCAGCCUGA